AUGGCAGUUACCAAUCAAUUUUGCACAUUAAAACCAGCAAAAUUCGGAAUUUCGGUCAGUUGUAAUUGUAAUACUUAUUUGGAUGAUACUAUAGGAACGAUAAAACAAGAAAGUAUGAUACGGCAUACAGAUAGGCAACGAAGAGAAAGAGCAACCGGAUUCAGACCAGUCGACAUAUCAGAUAUAAUUAUUAAUCGAAAUGGGAAAGAAUUAACUGAAUAUGAUGAUCGAGUCUUGCCGAAUCAAUCAUACGGGUCAUUAAGUCGACGGAAAAAAGAUAGAGUUAUAACAAACGUAGAAAGAUUACAUCAAAGAUCGCGUAGUGUUGGCAACGAUAAUCACUUCUCACUUUGUUUAUCACCGUGUAAACAAAGUCUUAGAAAUAUGACGUCAAGUCGAUAUAGCAAUUAUCCAGGUGGCAUUGGCGGUAAUAGCGGUAGUAAUGUUGGCGGUGGUGGAUUGUUAAAUCCGUUUAAAGCAACAAAAAAAUUUUUCAAAAAGAUAUAUGAUACAGCAACGCUUCCCAACCGGUUACAUUCAAAAGUAUUAGCUUCAAGUGUAACAGAGCAAAGCGAAAUUCCUACAACAUCGUUAUCACCACAGCAUUCAUUUCUUGAUGCGAGUUACUCCUUAGAACUACCGGAUGAUGAGCUGCCGGAUCAAUGUGAUCAUAAUAGUAUUGCUAAUCAGGAUGCAACGAAUUCCUGUAUCAUUGCCAGCCAUGAUUUUGAUUCCACACCAUCAACAAUGAAACCAAUGCCGAUAAUUGAUGAUCCAAUGAAUGAUUCGGGUUUAUCACGAUCAAUAAGCUCCAGUGACUCUCAAAAAACAUCAUCUGGCGAUUUUCGAUCUUGGGAUGAUGUAUUCAAUCAUCUUAAGCGUGAAAUGGCUUAUAUGCGACAACGUGAUGCGAAAAUUUUUGCCGAUUUACAAUUUGUGGAACUUCAAUUACGGAAUGUGAAAAAUCAGGCAAUGGCAAAAUCGGAAUAUGCUAUGAGCAACAAAAACAGCAGUAAUGAUAAUAUAAAUAAUAAUAACAAUAAUAGCAUAAAUAUAAAUAGCAGUAAUGAUGGCCGUAUUUUAGAUAAACGACAAAUUAAAUUAGGCGAUUUGGUUGAAAGUAUGCCAUUAUGA